UCUCCGCACACACACGCACACACAUACACACACAUAGACUCACACUCAUACACACUCCCGCGUGGCUCGGUACGGGACGAAUGGAGUCUGAGGGCAGCCAGAGCACCGUGUCCAGCGCGGAUUCACCCCACGACCCCUGCAAAAUGUUCAUAGGAGGCCUUAGCUGGCAGACUACACAAGAGGGUCUGAAAGACUACUUCUGUAAGUUCGGCGAGGUGAAGGAGAGCAUGGUGAUGCGGGAUCCGGUUACGAAACGCUCCAGGGGCUUCGGCUUCGUCACUUUCGCGGACCAGGCCGGGGUGGACAAAGUGCUGGCCCAGACCAGGCACGAGCUGGACUCCAAAACAAUCGACCCGAAAGUGGCCUUCCCCCGCCGGGCCCAGCCAAAGCUGGUGACCAGGACUAAGAAGAUCUUUGUUGGGGGUCUGUCAGUAAACACCACAAUUGAAGAUGUGAAGCAGUACUUUGACCAGUUUGGAAAGGUGGAUGAUGCCAUGCUUAUGUUUGAUAAGACCACCAACAGACACAGAGGGUUCGGCUUUGUGACAUUCGAGAACGAGGACGUGGUGGAGAAAGUGUGUGAGAUCCACUUCCACGAGAUCAACAAUAAAAUGGUGGAGUGCAAGAAGGCCCAGCCUAAGGAAGUGAUGUCACCGGCAGGGUCAUCGAGGGGCCGUGCGAGGGUCAUGCCAUACGGGAUGGACGCUUUCAUGCUGGGCAUAGGCAUGCUGGGUUACCCUGGUUUCCAGGCGGCAACGUACGCUGGCCGCAGUUACACCAGCCUCACUCCUGGCUACACGUAUCAGUUCCCAGAAUUCCACUUAGAGAGGACCCCCCUCCUGACUUCACCCCACCCCCCUGAGCUCACAGCGAUCCCCCUGACAGCGUAUAACCCGAUGGCAGCGGCGGCAGCUGCAGCGGCUGUGGUCAGAGGCUCUGCCCCCUCUCGCUCCGCUGGCUUUCUGAGCACCAGCAGCCCUGGACCAAUGGCAGAUCUUUAUGGGACGACCAAUCAGGACUCGACAGUCAGCAGCUACAUCAGCGCCGCAAGCCCUGCCCCCAGCACUGGGUUCAGCCACAGCCUCGGGGGUCCUCUGAUCGCCACAGCGUUUACAAACGGCUACCACUGAGACACUGACCGGUCUGAUGGACGGCGCCGCCUGCCCUGAGCCAGUCCCACAUUUUUACAGCAAAAAAAAAAACUACAGUAGAGUUUCCUGCAUCUCUCUCACAUCACCUUUUACUAACACUCUCUCUGUCUGUCUCACUCUGUAACGGAAGGGCAUGUAAAUAUUUAGAUUAUUUUCUGGUUCAAACGAAAGGCAUUUUUAAAAAAAAAAAGUUACGAUGCUGUUCGCUUUUUUUCUCUUAUAAAUAUUUUCAUUCUUUCUGUUUUUUCUUUUUAUCGGAAAUAAAAACGCUGUUUUCUUUUGUUAUGAAAAAUGUAUUCAUGUGUUUUUCUCGAGACACUGUAGGUUUACAUUUGUAGAGUGAUUUUUUUAGACGUUAACCGUUUUACAGGAGCAAUAAUAAUAAUAAUAAUAAUAACGUGUCCUUGAUACACUUCUGGAUUGUUUUUUGUUGUUUUUUUAAAGGAUACGAUGAAUUUAAGAUGAUACGUUUUCUACGGAAAAGAAAAUAUUGGAAGGAAUGUUCAAAAAUGUAUAUUUUGGUAGUUUUGCAACUGGAUUUAUGAUAUUGAUCAUGAUCAUAGCAAUGUUAUUAACCAAGGACAUAUUUUU